AGACCAGCUGCAGCAACUAUGGCUGCCGGGUGUUGAGCCACAUGUAACAACAGCUUGUUUACUGAACUCUUUGCUUCCUGCCCUGAAAGAAGACACGUUAACAAAAUGUCUCGGCACAGAAAUGUCCGGGGUUACAACUACGACGAAGACUUUGAAGACGAUGACAUGUAUGGCCAGUCAGUAGAUGAUGACUACUGCAUCUCCCCAGCCACAGCAAAUCAAUUUAUCUACUCACGUCAAGAAAGACAAGCCCCAAAGGAGGAGCCUUUAGAGGAGGAAGAAUAUGAAGAGGAAGAUGUUCCAAUGUCGCCUACUGUCAGCUACAAUCUCAACCCUCUUGAGCAAGCUAAGCUAUAUUCAUGUCUGGAUCAAAUGCGGGCGGUACUGGGAGUGACAGUGCCAGACUCAGUUUUAACUGAGGCUGCCAUCAGAUGUGAAUAUGAUCCACAAAGAGCUCUGGAUGCAGUUCUGUCUGAGGACCCCAAGACAGCGCCGGUUACCAAAAGUGGUGCGGUGGAGCCGCCGACUGUGCUGCGUAUGAAUCAGGAGAGUGCGCCGCUUCCACAAAGAACUAAACAAGCUGCUACAACUGAAAGAGGAGCCUGCCUGUCGCACUCUCAUUCAGAACACGGUCCCCACUCUGAUGGGUUCACGUCCACAAAUCCAUGCGUGUCUCAGUCACUGGGCAGCUUUACUCAACUCAACUUAAGUGCUGUCACUAGUAGUCCUCAAAGUCACAGUGUAAUGGGGCCCGGCGCUACUAGUUUGGCGCAGCUCAUGUCACAGCAUCAGCAGAAGACUAUGCACACUGGAGGAGUUGAGAAAGCCGUGGUCCUCCCUUCAUUAAGUAGCCUGACUCUGGGUGCCAGCUGUUCUCCACCGGUUACAGCUAAUCAAAGCAGUCUUGCAUCAGGAACUAUCACGUCUUUAAAUCCUUCUUUAUCCCUACACAGCACUUCAUUGCUUUCACUUCCUCUAAGCAGCUUGUCCAUAAGUGUGCCCAGAACAGCCGCUCCUUCUGGGUUUGGCAGUCUUGGUUGCAAUGCAACAAGUGUUGAUCCCAAGGGAAGCCCCUCUUUAGCGGAUCUUAUCCAGCAACAUACAAAUCGCGACCUAAAUCCUGCUGUCUCUUCCGAGAGUAACCCCUCAACUGUUUGGUCCCAAGGAAGAAGUACAUCUCUGUCAGACCUUGCAUUCCAGCAUCAGAGCAAAAGUACUGAAGGACAGUCCCCCUUCGGUUUUAGUCUAGAGAAGGUCACACCGUCCUGCCAGAGUGGGACUGUCUCACUUUCUCAGCUAGCACUUCAGCAUCAAAUCGGAUCUUCAUCUGCACUUCCGACCGAUUGCACAGACUCUUCGACCGUGCUACAGUCACGACCACCUGGCCUCACCAGGUUGUGUUCACCUCCGCAUUUUCCAACUGGUCCUGAAGUCACAAGCUCAUCUGCUUGUUGCACCUCACCUCUCUCACUAGCACAGUCAGAGUGUGCUGAUCAGUCCAAGCUCCCUCCCAAAUCGCACCAUGAAAACUCGGGUAGCAGUCUCACUCUCAGUGCUCUCAUGAACCAGUCACAGAACGUUCUGGACACAGGUGACAACAUCUCCUCGCCAUCUUUUCCCACUCCCCUUACUCUUGGAGUCAGUUCCUCGGUUUUCGCGCCACCAUCUGUAUUUGCCCUCACGCUGUCACUCCAAAGCCGUAAACAUCCAAAACGAUCCCGAAAUAAAGCACACAGUUCUCCGAAGAGAAGUGGCCAUCUCGCUGUUCUGUGGAAGUUGCUCAAAGGUUCCAGAGAAAACUUGCAGCUGGGAAAAAUAGUUCCCUUUAGCUUUGACACUCCAUCACCGGAUGACAUUGUCCGUGCGAAUCAGAAGAAAGCUUUCACAAGGUAGAGAGAAAAAUCACAAUUUAACUGAAUGAGGGACUGAAGUCCAUGGACCAAACUACGAGCAUUACUUACAGAAGUGUUAAGUCUACUUCUGCCGUCUUAAACAUCAGGAUGAUGACUGUACAUUCAGUGUUGAAUAUAUAUAGAUCUUUUUGGCAGCUUGAAUCUCACACCACCUUUCUUCAGCUUAAUUACUGCAGUUUUUUAUGCCAUUGUAUGUUUUAUGAACUAUUUUUAGGUGCUUUAUACGUUUUUCUUUUAUUGUUUUUGCGAUUAAAUUGUUUUUCAUGCUUAAGGCUGACUUAUCUAAUGUAACAGCCUCACUUACGGGAGCUCAAAUUUCAAGGCAGAAAAGGCAGAGCUUUGCAGAUGCUGCUGCUGUUGGAAUAUGGAUCAGUUAACCAUUGUGCUGGUUUCCAGCUGCAUGCCUUUGACAUCAUGGUGGUAACAUUUUGGGUUUUAGAACACCUGGAGAUUUUCCCAUGAGUCAAACCACAAACGCAGUAACAAGCAAUUUUUUUUGUCUUCUGCCUUCAUAUUGUAAAACUAACUUUUACUGAAGACACUGGUGCAAAAGUUCAUUUGAACUGUUUUAAAGUUGUUUUUUUUUGAGUUAUGACCAAGUAUAUUUUAUAUAAAGUUGGUCAGUAAACUAAAGCUGCCAUAAGAUGAUUUGUUAUUGAAAUAAAGGAGCUGAUUAAAAAAAUGUUGACGGUAUUUUCAUUGAUUUUAAAUGUCUUUUUCAUACAGCAUAAUUAUGUGUAUGUGUAUGUUUGGUAACAAUUCAACAUAUUUUUUUGGAAGAAAAUUGAACUUCAGUCAAGCACUUUUUUUGUUAGCGGAUACUUAUUUCAAUUUUUAAAAAUGGUUGAAGUUUUAAUUGUCACAAAAAGUAAAAACCAAAAAGAGUAAGAUGACUGGGUAAUUGCAUCCUUGAACAUUUCUUUUAUUGAUCAAAAUGAUUUAAAUUUACAUUUUAGCUUCUGCUGUGUCUUAAUCCAAAAAAUAUUUCCAGUUAUGUUCAUAAUACCUAAAUAGCAAUACGAGUUGAAACCCAUCACUUGUCGUCACAUUUUCCUUUCUCAAUAGUUCACAGGGAAUUGUUCAUAAGAGUUUCUUCUUUUUCUAUUUAAAUAUCUUUUUUUUUUUAUUCUGCAAAGCGACGAUUAGCAUGAUACCAUUCUGUAUGAAGGAUUGUAUCAAAUACAGGUAUUUGAAAUAGGUAAACGAGGUUAGACUUUUGGUAACAUGCUUAAAUAAGCAUGUUAAUGUGUUUUUUUUCCAUAUUUCCAAUGUGUCAAGUUGUUCCUUACCCUUUACCCUUUGUGUAACCUUUUAUUAAAGUUGCCCCUGAAGCAUCACUCCGUGUAUACAUUAAGAGAAGAUUGAUGAUAUUAGUUUGCUUAAAUACCUCAUAAUGAGGUUCUUAUCGGAAAAUGUAAAUGCAAAGUCCUGUUUUUAUUCAAAUAAUUUUGUAGUUGGAUACUGAAUCCUGCUAGAAAUGAAGACUUUGAGUUUUUGAAUUAGGAUAAGAAAGCUGCUACUACUUUGCUACUGUUCCACAUUCUGUGAUGACAAACCUUUCUUUUGCAGUGAUGGCUCUAUAGCAAAUUUCUAUUUAAGGUUUGUUCAGUGUACUCACUGUCUAAUGCGUUAUUACUCAUAGUUUUUACUGCCGUGGUAACCCACUAUAUUUGAUAUCCAUAUCACAUAUCCUCUGGUUUAAGUUGCUAAUUUUUCUAGAAGUAUUUGCCUGAGUGCUUUAAUUUGAGCUCCACUUCUUGCAUUAAUGUGGGCACAUUUAUACAGGUGCAGGGUGUAUGAACAAGACCCCGAGGCUGUCAAACAGACUACUGAACCUUCAUAAUAAGGGCUGAAAGGGUUUAAUAAGACUUGUAAAACAGGUUUUUAAGCAAACAAGAAGUCUUUGUUGAUCUGCUCUGCUAUUAGUGUAGCGAUCAUUUUAAAGUAAGAAGUCUAGUUAAAUGAUUCAAAAAUAAAAGAUGAAUGGGUGAAUAAUAGUGGAUAUUCAGCAUCUUUAGAAAUACAUUUUACAGAAAUGUAGCCCAGUUGUGGUCCAAUAAUCUGCAUAAAAACCAUUUAAAUUGAAUGUUGCAGCGCCUCAUAGGUAUCAAUGGAUUCAAGUGCUUUCCCUUGUUAUCCUAUCAUUCUUCAUCGGUCAUUGCCAUUGCUUGUAGUCAUCAUGGAUAGACAGUGUUUGUGUACUGUAAACACAAUGAAAUGGAUUUAUUGCUAUGUAAAUACUGAUAGAAAUCCAUGGGUAACACAGUGACAAGUGUGUUCUACAGAUGUCGUUGUAGAAAUGCACUGGUCCAUGUAUCAGACAAUGUUUGUGCAAGCUCCUGAGCCGGGAGUUGUGUCAUCCUGCUCAUGAAAAUCUGGGCUUAAAAAAGGUUCACAUGAAGCACGGAACACGGACAUAUACAGUGAACAUAUGGGAAAUGGUUUCUCACGUGAUCUUUAAGAAAAAAAAUGUGUGAUGGUAUUUAAAAUCAUAGGCAGAAGAUAUCCAUUGCCACAAAUAAAAUGUACUUUUUAUUAACAACCACAAUUUGGUCCAUGUUCUACAAGACAGAGCGUCUAUGUGGGUUCAGCAGGAAGUUGCAAACUUGGAGAAAAUGUCACCUCAAGCUUACAUCUGCUCAGAACAGACGAGCUCUAGGUCGUCUCUCUGACACCACCUACGUAGGAAAAUCUGAUCAUGUCCCUUAAUGUUCACACUUGAGACACAUCAAAUCAUUUUGUUUCUCGCAGUUUUUGUUGCAAGAGCUGCAUGCACAUCACCGCAGUGUUUUGAUCUCAGGGUGGCAUUUCUGUGGAGCACAGUUUUUCUCACUACAAGUGGUAGAACGUGUAAUCGAGCAACACCUGCUUCGUAAUAUUGAUCACAUGAACUGUUCUUUAAAAAAAAGAGACAUCAAUUGAGAUCAUCGUGUCAAGCUUAUUUCACGUUUUCCCAUUUAGUGUCACUCAUGUUAAUUUUAGUUCAUGUUACAACCCCCAGAAGUAAUUACCCCAGUAUGACCUUUUGAACUUGCCCCCACACUUGUGGCUGUACAAUUCUUUUUUUUGUCAUUUAAAGUACUUGGUCACUUAUGGCUGACAUUUUACUGACCUUUACUUUCCACCCUCCCCAAAGCCCAGCUGCUACUGUGCAUCAGUGUUGCCCUAUGAUCAUUGAAUAUAGCAGCUCAUUUUAUAAUUUGGAUUUGUCGUAUUGAAAGUCAUCAAUUACUUGUCUACAAUAGUUCCACUCAAGUUCAACAUUGAUAUAUCACGGUGCACUCUCACCUUUGUUGUUUUGUCUGUGUUGUGGUUGCUGCUGCAAAGAUAAUUUAGCACUUUGUUUUCCAUUACAAUUGCAUCACCUUUUGGAGCUGAGAUGUCUCAAACAUUUUAAGAGAGGACAGUCUCAAACAUAUGCCAUGUUUUAGCCAAAAAUUCUGAGUGCCAGCAAACCAGAGCUCUCUGUGCAGGGGUCUCUUAAGUUACUUAAGUUGACUCGUACAACUGACCAAUAAUAAAAGGCGGCCGUUUUAGUGGCUAUGAUGCUGAUGCCACACAGCAGCUGAAGCGCCAGUGAUUCCUCAUGUCCUCUGCAUCAGAAUUUAUGAAGAACAUUUUCAUAUUAUUAAAAUAGUUUUCCUUUCAGCACUGAAACCGUUCCCUGAAUCCCCCCUGCCCCCCUGCACCUCCUCAUUUGCUUUGUGUCACUGUUUUAAAGCCACAUUAUGAAUCAAAUGCUGACGGAAAGGUAGUAUUAUCCCCUUACUUUUCACCACCGCCAUCCCCUGUUUUUUUUUUUUUUUUUCAUCUGACAUGAGCACUUGUGUAUCUUGAUGGGGGUUGGUUUAUAUUUGCAUAUCCUGGGCGGACUCCUCUUAUCCUGUACUCAGUUGGCCCUCAGGCUCAAGGCUCAAUGACUCACUCUUAGCCACACCAAGGGUCCUUAUACCUUAAAUUCCUGGUUGGGUGACUGCCAGCCGUUUACCUGCCAGUCCAACUAGUAAAAAUAGAUGUUCAGAACCUGAUUGUGGUCUAUAGUUGUUUCCUCAGGGGCCUCCUGUCAGUACUGCUCCCAGGCUAGUACAGAAAAUAAGAUCUGGCACGCAGAUUAUUUGCAGAGAUAUUAAGAGUUUUGUCAGUGAGUGGCACAGGCAGUGGGUUGAAACUAUGGAGGGGGAAGAUGGCUUCAUGUGGCUGUUUCCCCUCGGGAUGAAAGUUUGUUUGUGACUCCAUUACUUUUAAAAGAGCGAGAUGACGUUAACUGAUUACUUUUCUCACCAGUUUGGGGUCGAAACAAGAUGAACCCCUGUUUAAGUUUUUUUUUUUCAAGCAACUGUAGCAUGGAUAAGAAUAAUCCCUUCAGGUGUUACUGCAGUCAAUUCCAGAAUGAACAAGGGUUGCUCUCUUUGAUGAAGGUGACUACUCCCAGUUGCUGUCUUCAGCCUCACUGUUGAGAUGUUCCUCUACUACAGUUGAGACGUGUUAUUAUUAUGUCGCCCUGGUCUCAUCUGUGAACGUACUGUAACUUCCAAAGAGAGAUGGAGCUCCAGCUUUUUUCGAAAACUGUCUUAAUCCAUUGAUGCCUUUGGAAAAUACAUCACAUACAGAAAGAUUCAAAUCCCAAGUUAGUUAAGUUUUCUGUGAAACGGAUUGCCUCAGCUUGAUAGAGUUGUUGACAUAAGGUAACCGUGUCAAGUUGCGUGAACAAAUAAGUUUCUGGUAUGUGCACCUCAAAUAAACAUGGCUAGUCUCAGUGUAAGAGCUGUACUUUUUACCUACUUAAUUUAAGUAUUAGUUAGUGAAACUAUGUGAUGUUACAUUAAUCACUGUAUGUUGUAUAUCAGCUCAGUCGAGCUGUUCACCACAUUAUCCAGGUCGUCUAGUCCCACCAAGAGAAAUAGGAAUUUCGCUCCAGUAGUCAGACUAAGCUGCUUACAUGCAUUUUAAAUAGCUGCAAUACUGUUUAUUUGUUUAUAUUUAGUAUAUAAUUUUUUAUUUAUUUAUUUUUUGUUGGUAUUUAUCUGAUAUUUAUUCAUUUGGACAUAUAGUUUUGGUUUUUGGAAACCAGAGGCCUCAGACCAAAAUUUCGUUGCCAUAAUAUAGUGAUAUGUUUUUGUGCAAUGACAAUAAAGAGAGUCUAAGUCUAAUUGCCGGACUAACGCAACAAUUUGUUUUGGGUUUUUUUGAGCCGUCAUUUAAAGGUGUUCAAAAGUGUCCGUUUGACAAGCAUCAUGGGACUGAGCCACAUUAUAUUAUGACUUCAAAGUAAAGUCGAAUGGAAUCUCACAGCAACAUUAGAAUAUGAAGCAAGGAUACAGACUGCAGCAUAACAUUCUAAACCAACAAAGUUAAUUCAAGUUGAAUCCAUGAGCUUUAGUUCCAUGCUCCAUCCAUCUUAAUGUGCCAUCCUCCUGCCUCCUUCAGUUUAUGAAUUUUUAUUUGUAAUAUUUUUUGCUUGCAAGUGUUUGGGAGCAACUAUUUAUGAUGCCACUCUAAUAAAGAGUAAAAAGAUUAUUGUUUAAGUCGUCUGUCAGCUCAAGCGGCCGUGCCACAUCAUUGUAAUAUUUGCCUUCAUUUCAUAGCUGAAAGUUUAACUUGAAAUAUUUGUCCCGUCAGAAACAUGUGAUGGGUGAGUUUGCGUUCCCAGAACCUGCCUGUAGGUUAUUUGUCAACUCUUCAAGUUGUUUGUUGUUUACUCAGUGGUGGACUGAUGACCUUAAUAGGAACACCUACUUGGUAUUUUAAUGGCGUCUUGUUUCUAGUAAUCUGGAUGGAAUAAGUAGUUAUUUGUGUGAGUAGCUAUUAUCUAAAAAUUAUUAUUCUCCUUAAUUAAACAUGGUUAUCAAGGUGAUAUUAAUGCUUUACUUAGGUAGAUUUAUUUAAUUAUAGCUCUUAAAACGUUUUGUAUUUUCUAAAUUAUGUCAAUAGCAAACCAAAACCACAGGGUUUUUUAUUCCCUCUAAAGUUUUUUUGCUUCAGGCUUUAAGGUAAAAUAAUGUACAGAUUAUCAUAAAUACAUGAUUAAAAUUAAAAAAGUGAUAAUCUGGUGCCUAUUUCUCCCAAUGAAAUAUUGACGAUAUUAUUAUAUGAUAUUAAGAAUAAUUGAAUACUUUAGUUUGUGAAGUGGAACAAGUGCAAUGCAACAGUGUUGGUGACUCAGCUGAAACGUCAUUAUCUUUACGGUGCUAGAAUUGGAGCAAGACGUUUUUGUUCUGCUGGAAAAAGUCAUCAUAGUGUGCGUGCCCAUGUGCACUUACUGCUUUUUUGUACUUUAUAAAAGAUUCUGGAAGACUGAUUGAGAUGAGCAUGUUGGACAAUGGAUCUGUGAAACACUGAAGGAGAUGAAGAGGAAGAACUUACUUACUAAACUUGCUGCUUGCACUUUUAAAACGCUGUUUAUUUCAGUCCCUCUUUACCGCAUCUACAUGAUAUGACGCGAUUGUGGCUAUUUUUCAAUGGAAAAAAAGGGUUUUAUUCCUCUACCUUUGUCUCCUUUUUUAAUGCAACCAUUGCCUUUUAUAAACACUGUUCUGAUGUGUGAAGUGAAAUGUCUGCAUAAUGACGUGCGUAUCAUGUUUCAGAAUGAGAGGGAUUUUUUUGUCUGUCAUCUAUCCAGUCAUUUUGAGAAGACUUUAAAGAAAGUCCUUUAAAUAAUUUUGUUGAGUCACACUAAGCGCUUACUUUUUCUCACAGUUUGAAAGAAACAACUUGUGUUUUAGUGGCAUAAAUCUGAAUGAUUAUAUUGCAAAGACACAUGGAAAAUAUUUUAUUGCCGUUGGAUGUAAUGGUGAGGGUGUAUAGUAUAUUUCAGUUUGCCCUGCACCGCUCCAAAAAGCAUUUCCCAAAACUGUCACAUCACUUUCUGAAGAGACGAGACCACGGGUGGUUCUGAAAUUAACUCUUGCUGCGCCAGGAUGUCGGCAAACACACCCUGCAGCAGUCACAUCUAUAUGAAUCAUUAACAGGUUGAAAUGACUGGACUGGUGGUCAUUUGGAAUCAGGAUGACAAAGCACUCACUGUGCAUCUGAUGAUAAAUUGCUCAACUACUUGUCAAAGAUUUUGGGCUGAUAAUUGCAUCAUUUACUUCCAUUUAGCAGUUCCAUUUCCCGUCACAAAUGCGUUUAGCGCGACCAGAAACAUGGUCCGGCUGUUGUUUACUGCCACAUUUCUUUUUCAAACUAACUUAUGGCUUCACUAUUCACACAUUUAAAAGCAAAAACACAGACAAGUACACGCAAAAAUGUUCAAUUAAUGGCGUAUAUCUCUCUGGUAUCUGCAAGUGUACGUGAUGGAAGGUGACAUAAUUGUACCACAGGUUUGGGUGAACGCUAGAAUGAAGAAUCUAAGGCAGUUUCAAGCUCUAGUUUUCAAAGCUGGGUAAAUAACAGUUGCAUGGUAGAAGUGGCUCACGAGCCUUGGAAGUGUGGACACCUGUGCGGCACGGUAAGCCAGGAAUGAUCUGAGUUGGCUAGUGGGCUGUUCGACAGACCACAUGACUUGUUAUGAUCUUGGAGUUUUUGUUCCAGUGUUGGUAUAU